AUGAUUUCAACUCUCAUUACGCAUAUUAUCAACCCACUAACCUUUAUUGUACCUGUAUUGCUAGCCGUAGCAUUCCUUACCCUCCUUGAACGAAAAGUGCUAGGCUACAUACAACUCCGAAAAGGGCCAAACAUCGUAGGGCCUUACGGCCUCCUUCAACCUAUUGCUGAUGGUGUAAAACUCUUUAUUAAAGAACCCAUUCGACCUUCGACCGCAUCACCCGUCCUAUUCCUCCUGGCCCCUAUGCUCGCUCUCACACUAGCCCUAACCCUUUGAGCCCCCAUACCUUUCCCGUACCCUGUCGUGGACCUUAACCUAGGUAUUUUAUUUAUUCUAGCCCUAUCUAGCCUUGCAGUAUAUUCUAUUCUGGGCUCCGGCUGAGCAUCUAAUUCAAAAUAUGCCCUAGUAGGGGCACUGCGGGCUGUCGCACAAACAAUUUCUUACGAAGUCAGCCUUGGACUCAUCUUGCUAAACAUUAUCAUCUUUACCGGAGGCUUCACACUUCAAACCUUUAACACAGCCCAAGAGGCCAUUUGACUAGUAGUGCCCGCUUGACCACUGGCUGCCAUAUGAUAUAUCUCCACUCUUGCCGAAACAAACCGUGCACCCUUCGACUUAACAGAAGGAGAGUCUGAACUUGUCUCGGGCUUCAACGUAGAGUACGCAGGCGGACCCUUCGCCUUGUUCUUCUUGGCCGAAUAUUCAAAUAUUCUCCUAAUAAAUACCCUGUCCGCUACACUAUUUUUAGGGGCCUCCCACAUUCCAUCUAUCCCAGAAUUAACCAGUAUCAAUAUUAUGACUAAAGCAGCCCUUCUGUCAAUUGUCUUCCUAUGAGUCCGAGCUUCGUACCCGCGAUUCCGUUACGACCAACUUAUGCACCUCAUUUGAAAAAACUUUCUUCCACUGACUUUGGCACUAGUUAUCUGACACUUGGCGCUCCCUAUUGCAUUCGCUGGUCUCCCACCACAACUAUAG